AUGGUCUCCUCUGUCUCAUUUUUAUGGUCCUCCUUGCAUUGUCUCAUUUUUAUGGUCUCCUUGCAUUGUCUCAUUUUUAUGGUCCCCUUGCAUUGUCUCAUUUUUAUGGUCCCCUUGCAUUGUCUCAUUUUUAUGGUCCACCUUCCAUUGUCUCAUUUAUAUGGUCCCCCUUCCAUUGUCUCAUUUAUAUGGUCCCCCUUGACUUGUCUCAUUUUUAUGGUCCCCCUUGCAUUGUCACAUUUUUAUGGUCUCCUUGCCUUGUCUCAUUUCUAUGGUCCCCCUUGCAUUGUCUCAUUUUUAUGGACUCCUUGCCUUGACUCAUUUCUAUGGUCUCCUUGCAUUGUCUCAUUUUUAUGGUCCCCCUUGCAUUGUCUCAUUUUUAUGGUCCCCCUUGCAUUGUCUCAUUUUUAUGGUCCCCCUUCCAUUGUCUCAUUUAUAUGGUCCCCCUUGACUUGUCUCAUUUUUCUGGUCCCCCUUGCCUUGUCUCAUUUUUAUGGUCUCCUUGACUUUUCUCAUUUCUAUGGUCCCCCUUGCAUUGUCUCAUUUUUAUGGACUCCUUGCCUUGACUAUUUCUAUGGUCUCCUUGCAUUGUCUCAUUUUUAUGGUCCCCUUGCCUUGACUCAUUUCUAUGGUCUCCUUGCAUUAUAUCAUUUUAUGGUCCCCCCUUGCUCAUUUUUUAUGGUCCCCCUCAUUUUUUUUAUGGUCUCCUUGAUUUGUCUCAUUUCUAUUGUCCCCUUGCAUUGUCUCAUUUUAUGGACUCCUUGCCUUGACUCAUUUCUAUGGUCUCCUUGCAUUAUCUCAUUUUUAUGUCCCCCUUGCAUUGUCUCAUUUUUAUCAUUUUGUCUCAUUUUAUGGUCUCCUUGCCUUGUCUCAUUUUAUGGUCUUUGUACCUUGUCUCUCAUUUUAUGGUCCCCCUUGUCUCAUUGUCUCAUUUUUUUUCUAUGGUCCCCUUCCAUUGUCUCAUUUUUAUGGUCCCUUGACUUGUCUCAUUUUUAUGGUCUCCUCAUUUCAUUUUUUAUGGCCCCCUCCCCUAUGGUCCCCUUGACAUUGUCUCAUUUUUAUAAUCUCCCCCAUUUCUAUGGUCUCCUUGCAUUGUCUCAUUUUUAUGGUCCCCCUUGA